AUGGCGCCUGUGAACAGGAACCUUGAGCCGGAGCAGAGCGUCUGUUUCCUCUGCACAUUCCGGGGGUUCUGUACAUACGUGUGCGCGUCCAAACACGUCCCAAACGAAGAGGACGGAGAUGUCAUCAGCGCUCGCCCGCAUCCCAAACACAAACUGCUCUGCCUCCGGCUCACGCGCUUAAAGAGACUUGUGGGCGUGGCCUGUCAGGACCCGUCUGCUCCUCACGGCUGCGCAGACGGCAGCUGUUACCCGGCGACAGGGAACCUCCUGAUUGGUCGAGCCGUGAACCUGAGCUCCUCCUCCACCUGCGGCCUGAGCUCACCUGAGCAGUACUGCAUCGUCAGCCACCUGCAGGAGUCAGAUAAAUGUUUUGAGUGUGACUCUCGAGCUCCGUACGACCCCGACUACAACCGCCAGAGCCACCAGAUCGACAACGUCAUCUACCUGACGGACCGACGAGGAGAGCACACCUGGUGGCAGUCUGUCAACGGAGAAGAAAACGUGAGCAUCAGACUGAACCUGGAGGCCGAGUUCCACUUCACCCACCUCAUCAUCAAGUUCAAGACUUUUCGUCCUGCGGCGAUGAUCAUCGAGCGUUCGUCAGACUUCGGUCGGACUUGGCGUCCGUAUCGAUACUUCGCCCAGAACUGUUCCCGGAUCUUCCCUCUGGUGCCCUCUGCUGGUCUGCGCCACAUCAACGACGUCAUCUGUGAAGAACGCUACUCCGACAUCGAACCCUCCACCGACGGAGAGGUGAUUUACAAAGUCCUGGACCCGGCGAUCCACGUGAAGGACCCGUACAGCCUCGACAUCCAGGAGCUGCUGCGGAUCACGAACCUUCGCAUAAACCUGACGAAGCUGAACACGCUGGGGGACGACCUGCUCGACCGACGCUCCGACGUGUUACAGAAGUAUUACUACGCCAUCAAAGAGCUGGUGGUGCGCGGGAGCUGCUUCUGCUACGGCCACGCCUCCGAGUGCGCCCCCGUGCCCGGCGUCAACGCCAGGGAGAGCGGCAUGAUCCACGGUCGGUGCGUUUGCAAACACAACACUGAGGGACUGAACUGUGAACGCUGCAAAGACUUUCACCACGACCUGCCCUGGAGUCCGGCCGAGGCCGAGGACUCGCACGCCUGUAGAGAGUGCGAGUGUAAUGGCCACGCCUCUUCCUGUCACUUCGACAUGGCGGUGUACUUGGCCACAGGAAACAGCAGCGGAGGAGUGUGUGACCAGUGCCUCCACAACACUAUGGGGCGCCACUGUGAGAGCUGCAGACCCUUCUACUACAAGGACCCCCAGAGGGACCUGAGGGACCCACAAGUCUGCCAGCCGUGUGACUGUGACCCGGUCGGCUCUGUGGAGGGGGGAGUGUGUGACAGUCACACUGACCUGGACCUGGGGCAGAUCUCAGGUCAGUGUCGGUGUAAAUCCAACGUCCGAGGCCUCAGAUGUGACGACUGUAAAGAAGGACACUACGGCCUGAGCCUGAGCGACCCCGACGGCUGCCAGCCGUGUAACUGUGACCCUCGGGGGAUCGUCCUGCAGGGGGCGCCGUGUGAUCAGAUCAGUGGAGACUGCUCCUGUAAACGCUACGUGACCGGACGCUACUGCGACCAGUGUCUGCCAGAGUUCUGGGGCCUCAGUAACGACCUCGCCGGCUGCAGACCCUGUGACUGUGACUUUGGAGGAGCCCUCAACAACCGGUGCAUGAUGGACAGCGGGCAGUGCACCUGUCGGGAGCACCUGAUUGGUCGUCAGUGUUCGGAGGCGCAGCCCGGGUUUUUCUGCGCCGCGUUGGAUCAUUACAGAUACGAGGCCGAAGACUCGAGCGGACACUCCCCCAGCGACGCCGUCCUCCCGGUGAGACCAGCGGGACGGGAGGGCAUCUGA